AUGAAGAUCAAACGACAAAAACAAGCCAAGAAGACGAUUAGUUUCUACAAAUUCAACUUCAACUUCAGGCAACCUUUUCAAAUCCUUAUGGAUGGGACUUUUUGCCAGGCCGCUUUGAAGAACAAAAUUCAGAUAAAGGAGCAGAUGCCAAAAUAUUUGAUGGGGGAGAUUCAGCUGUGCACCACGAACUGCGCCCUGAAAGAACUCGAGACUCUCGGAAAACAGCUGUAUGGAGCCAAACUCAUCUUACAGAGAUUCCAGGUCAGGAAAUGUCCACAUUUGAAGAGCCCUGUCCCAGCCUCGGAGUGCCUGCUGUCCAUGCUGGGGGAAACAAACCCACACCACUACUUUAUUGCCACGCAGGAUCGUGCGGUGACCGCAGGCCUGAAGAAGAUCCCAGGCGUCCCUCUGCUUUACAUCAUCCUAAACACCAUUGUGCUUGACAAGCCCAGCCAGGAGUCCCUUGACCACGUCCAGGCUGUCCAGUUGGGAGAGCUGGUGAGUCCAGCCCAGCAGCAGAGCAUCCGCAGCCUGAAAGAAGAGCAGGGCAUCCCCCUCAAAGAUGGAGAGAGGCGGGGGAAAAAGAGGAAGAGGAAACAGAGCAACCCUAACCCCCUGAGUUGCCUCAAGAAGAAGAAAAAAGGAGUGCCCACACCCCCGCUGAAGAAGACAGAGCCGGGGGAGAAGAAGAAAAGAAGCCGGCACAAGAAACGGAAGACAGUAGAAGGAGACAACACAACGGCUCCUGCAGUCUCCCUUUGA